CUGUUGUGGGUGCAAAAUAACUAAAGAAGCUACUGCAGGAUGAAAAGAUGGCAGCGCAGCUGCUUGCACCACCAGGCCCUGAUAGUUUUAAACCUUUCACCCCAGAAUCUCUGGCUAACAUUGAAAAGCGUAUUGCAGAGGAAAAGAAGAAGAAGCGUCCAAAGCAAGACAGCAGCCAUCGGGAUGACGAUGACGACAGCAAACCAAAACCGAACAGUGACCUGGAGGCAGGGAAAAAUUUGCCUUUCAUCUAUGGGGACAUCCCGAAAGGUCUGGUUGCUGUACCACUGGAGGACUUUGACCCUUAUUAUUUGACCCAGAAAACCUUUGUAGUACUGAACAGAGGGAAAACACUCUUCCGAUUUAGUGCCACACCUGCCUUGUACAUUUUAACUCCUUUUAAUCUGCUUAGGAGAAUAGCUAUUAAAAUUUUGAUACAUUCAUUAUUUAGCAUGAUCAUUAUGUGCACUAUUUUGACCAACUGUGUAUUCAUGACUUUUAGUAACCCACCUGAAUGGUCGAAGAAUGUGGAGUACACAUUCACUGGUAUUUAUACAUUUGAAUCACUUGUGAAAAUUAUUGCAAGAGGUUUCUGCAUAGAUGGUUUUACUUUCCUUCGCGAUCCAUGGAACUGGCUAGAUUUCAGUGUCAUCAUGAUGGCAUAUGUCACAGAGUUUGUGGACCUUGGGAAUGUGUCAGCACUGAGAACUUUCAGAGUUCUCCGAGCUUUGAAAACUAUCUCUGUUAUUCCAGGCUUGAAGACCAUUGUGGGUGCCCUAAUUCAGUCUGUGAAGAAACUGUCAGAUGUAAUGAUUUUGACAGUGUUUUGCCUCAGUGUCUUUGCUUUAAUCGGCCUGCAGCUGUUUAUGGGCAAUUUGAGGAACAAGUGUGUAAUAUGGCCAAUUAACCUCAAUGAGAGCUUCCUAGAGAAUGGCACCAGGGGGUUUGACUGGCAAGAAUACACCAACAAUGUCUCAAACUUUUACACAAUCCCUGGGGCCCUUGAUCCUUUGCUCUGUGGUAACAGCUCAGAUGCAGGCCAAUGUCCAGAAGGUUACACAUGCAUGAAAGCAGGAAGGAAUCCAAACUAUGGCUACACAAGCUUUGACACUUUCAGCUGGGCUUUCCUAGCCUUAUUUCGCCUUAUGACUCAGGAUUUUUGGGAAAACUUGUAUCAGUUAACAUUGCGAGCAGCAGGAAAAACUUACAUGAUAUUCUUUGUCCUGGUUAUCUUUGUGGGGUCAUUCUAUCUGGUCAAUCUGAUCUUGGCUGUGGUAGCCAUGGCUUAUGAAGAGCAGAACCAGGCCACAUUAGAGGAAGCGGAGCAAAAGGAAGCAGAAUUCAAGGCCAUGUUGGAACAGCUGAAAAGGCAGCAGGAAGACGCGCAGGCUGCUGCCAUGGUCACUUCAGCAGGGACAGUCUCAGAAGAUGCUGUGGAAGGUGAUGGCAGGGGGAGAGUGUCUCAGAGCUCUUCUGAGAUUUCCAAACUCAGUUCUAAGAGUGAUAAGGAGCGACGGAACAGGAGGAAGAAACGGAAGCAAAAGGAGCUGUUGGAAGGAGAGGAGAAGGGUGACAAUGAGAAGGUGUUCAAGUCUGAAUCGGAGGAUGGAAUGAGGAGAAAGGCUUUUAGGUUGCCAGACAACAGGCUGGGAAGGAAAUUUUCCAUCAUGAACCAGUCCCUUCUCAGCAUCCCAGGCUCCCCUUUCCUCUCCCGGCACAACAGCAAGAGCAGCAUCUUCAGCUUCAGAGGGCGCUUCCGUGAUCCAGGUUCAGAGAACGAAUUUGCUGAUGAUGAGCAUAGCACGGUGGAGGAGAGCGAAGGCAGGAGAGAUUCCCUUUUCAUCCCCUUCCGUGGCCGGGAACGGAGAAGUAGCUACAGCGGCUACAGUGGCUAUAGCCAGGGCAGCCGGUCCUCACGGAUCUUUCCCAGCAUCCGCCGGAACGUGAAAAGGAACAGCACAGUGGAUUGUAAUGGCGUGGUGUCUCUUAUUGGUGGCCCAGCAUCUAAUAGGCCUAUGGGACGCCUUCUGCCUGAGGGUACUACCGAGGUGGAAAUUAAAAAGAAACCUACCGGGUCUCUCUUGGUCUCAAUGGAUCAACUGAAUGCAUCAUAUGGAAGAAAGGAUCGAACCAACAGUAUAAUGACUGUUGUAACUAAUACCCUUGUAGAAGAGUUGGAAGAGUCCCAGAGGAAGUGUCCCCCAUGUUGGUACAGAUUUGCCAACACCUUCCUGAUCUGGGAGUGUCAUCCACACUGGAUCAAGCUGAAGGAGAUAGUGAACAUGAUCGUCAUGGAUCCCUUUGUCGACCUGGCCAUUACCAUCUGUAUUGUGCUGAACACUUUGUUCAUGGCCAUGGAACACCAUCCCAUGACCCCUGAGUUUCAAGAUGUUCUGACUGUAGGAAAUCUGGUUUUCACUGGAAUUUUCACGGCAGAAAUGUUCCUGAAGCUCAUAGCCAUGGACCCCUACUAUUAUUUCCAAGAAGGUUGGAACAUUUUUGACGGAUUUAUUGUCUCCCUCAGUUUAAUGGAACUGGGUCUAGCGGACGUGGAAGGGCUUUCAGUGCUGCGGUCUUUCCGAUUGCUGAGGGUCUUCAAGCUGGCGAAGUCCUGGCCCACUCUGAACAUGCUGAUAAAAAUCAUUGGUAACUCAGUGGGUGCCUUAGGAAACCUGACCUUGGUGCUGGCCAUCAUCGUGUUCAUCUUUGCUGUGGUGGGCAUGCAGCUGUUUGGCAAGAGCUACAAGGAAUGCGUCUGCAAGAUCAACGCGGAGUGUGAGCUGCCCCGCUGGCACAUGCACGAUUUCUUCCACUCCUUCCUUAUUGUCUUCCGCGUGCUGUGUGGGGAGUGGAUUGAGACUAUGUGGGAUUGUAUGGAAGUGGCAGGACAGGCCAUGUGCUUGAUUGUCUUCAUGAUGGUCAUGGUCAUCGGGAAUUUGGUGGUGUUGAACCUCUUCUUGGCCUUGCUGCUGAGCUCUUUCAGUGCAGAUAACUUAGCAGCGACAGAUGAUGAUGGGGAGAUGAACAACCUGCAAAUAGCAGUCAUUCGCAUCAAGCGGGGAAUUGCCUGGAUCAAGGCGAAAGCACAUGAGUUCAUGCAAGCGCAUUUCAAGCAGAGAGAGGCGGAUGAGGUCAAACCCUUGGACGAGUUGUAUGAAAAGAAGGUGAACUGCAUCGCUAACCACGCAGGGGCUGAUAUCAACAGGGACAUUGAUUAUCAGAAGAAUGGCAAUGGCACCACCAGUGGCAUUGGGAGCAGUGUGGAGAAAUACAUCAUAGAUGAAGACCACAUGUCCUUUAUCAAUAACCCCAAUCUCACGGUUCGGGUACCCAUUGCUGUGGGUGAGUCAGACUUCGAAAACCUCAACACAGAAGACUUUAGCAGCGAUACAGAUCCCAAUGGCAGCAAGGAGAAACUGGAUGAUACCAGCUCUUCUGAGGGCAGCACCAUUGAUAUAAAGCCAGAGGUAGAGGAAGUCCCUGUGGAGGCACCAGAAGAAUAUCUGGACCCAGAUGCAUGCUUCACAGAAGGUUGUUUGCAGCGCUUUAAGUGCUGUCAGGUCAGUAUUGAAGAUGGACUGGGCAAAUCCUGGUGGACCUUGAGGAAGACCUGCUUUCUGAUUGUGGAGCACAACUGGUUCGAGACUUUCAUCAUCUUCAUGAUCCUAAUGAGCAGUGGAGCCCUGGCCUUUGAGGAUAUUUACAUAGAACAGAGAAAGACCAUCCGGACCAUGCUGGAGUAUGCAGACAAGGUCUUCACCUACAUUUUCAUUCUGGAGAUGUUGCUGAAAUGGUGCGCCUAUGGAUUCGUCAAGUUCUUCACCAAUGCCUGGUGCUGGCUGGAUUUCCUCAUUGUGGCUGUCUCUUUAGUCAGCCUUGUAGCUAAUGCCCUGGGCUACUCGGAACUAGGUGCCAUAAAGUCCCUUAGGACACUAAGAGCUUUGAGGCCUUUAAGAGCGUUGUCCCGAUUUGAGGGGAUGAGGGUGGUUGUCAAUGCCCUGGUUGGCGCUAUCCCUUCCAUUAUGAAUGUGUUGUUGGUCUGCCUUAUCUUCUGGCUGAUUUUCAGCAUUAUGGGGGUUAACCUGUUUGCUGGGAAAUACCAUUACUGCUUUAACGAGACAUCUGAGGAGCGCUUCGAAAUAGAGAUAGUUAACAACAGGACUGAUUGUGAAGCACUGAUGCCACCCAACUCCACUGAGAUCCGAUGGAAGAAUGUGAAAAUUAACUUUGACAAUGUUGGGGCAGGAUACCUGGCUCUUCUCCAAGUUGCUACUUUCAAGGGCUGGAUGGAUAUCAUGUAUGCAGCGGUAGAUUCCAGAAAGCAAGAAGAGCAACCCAAGUAUGAGGACAACAUCUACAUGUACAUCUACUUUGUAAUCUUCAUCAUCUUUGGCUCCUUCUUCACCCUGAACUUGUUUAUUGGUGUCAUCAUUGAUAACUUCAAUCAACAGAAGAAAAAGUUUGGAGGUCAGGAUAUUUUCAUGACAGAAGAGCAAAAGAAAUACUACAAUGCCAUGAAAAAACUGGGCUCAAAGAAACCUCAGAAACCUAUUCCCCGGCCUCUGAACAGCAUCCAAGGAGCUGUCUUUGACCUUGUCACUCAGCAAGCAUUCGAUAUAGUCAUCAUGAUGCUCAUCUGCUUCAACAUGGUGACCAUGAUGGUGGAAACAGACACACAGAGUAGCCAGAUGUCAGACAUCCUCUGGUGGAUCAACCUGGUGUUUGUCAUCCUCUUCACCUGUGAGUGCGUGCUGAAGAUGUUUGCCUUGCGACACUAUUAUUUCACCAUUGGAUGGAACAUUUUUGACUUCGUGGUUGUGAUUCUGUCCAUUGUGGGAAUGUUCCUGGCUGAUCUCAUUGAGAAGUAUUUUGUGUCGCCCACUCUCUUCCGAGUCAUUCGACUGGCCCGUAUUGGCCGCAUCCUGCGUCUGAUCAAAGGGGCCAAGGGGAUCCGCACCCUGCUUUUUGCCUUAAUGAUGUCCUUGCCUGCCUUGUUCAACAUCGGCCUCUUGCUGUUCCUGGUCAUGUUUAUUUUCUCCAUCUUUGGCAUGUCGAACUUCGCCUACGUAAAGCACGAGGCCGGCAUAGACGACAUGUUCAACUUUGAGACCUUCGGCAACAGCAUGAUCUGUUUGUUCCAGAUCACCACCUCGGCCGGCUGGGAUGGCUUGCUGUUGCCUAUCCUGAACCGGCCGCCGGACUGCGACCUAGAUAAGGAACAUCCUGGGAGCAGCUUCAAGGGAGAUUGUGGUAACCCCUCCGUGGGGAUCUUUUUCUUCGUCAGCUACAUCAUCAUCUCCUUUCUGAUUGUGGUGAACAUGUACAUUGCUAUUAUUCUGGAGAACUUCAGUGUGGCCACGGAGGAGAGUGCUGACCCGCUGAGCGAGGACGACUUUGAAACCUUCUAUGAGAUCUGGGAGAAGUUUGACCCUGAUGCCACACAGUUCAUUGAGUACUGCAAGCUGGCAGACUUUGCUGAUGCUUUGGAGCACCCACUCCGUGUCCCUAAACCUAACACUAUCGAACUCAUCGCCAUGGACUUGCCUAUGGUAAGCGGGGACAGGAUCCACUGCCUGGACAUCCUAUUUGCCUUCACCAAGCGUGUGCUGGGGGACAGUGGGGAGCUGGACAUCCUGAGGCUGCAGAUGGAGGAAAGGUUUGUGGCAUCUAACCCUUCCAAAGUGUCUUAUGAGCCCAUCACGACCACGCUCCGGCGCAAGCAGGAAGAUGUCUCGGCAGUGGUUAUCCAACGGGCUUACAGGGUUCGCUUAGCAAAACGGGGCUUUAUUUGCCGGAAGUCUGCCUCUACUAAGCUGGAAAACGGAGGGACAAAUCGGGAGAAAAAAGAAGGCACCCCAUCCACCGCAUCCCUCCCAUCCUAUGACAGUGUAACUAAACCUGAAAAGGAGAAACAGCUGCGGGUGGAGGAAGGAAGUCGAGAACGAGCAAAAAGACAAAAAGAUUUCAAGGAAUCCAAGUGUUGAGACAAACAAAAAUAUGUUGUACAAAUUUAAAAAAAUUUGCAAGCAAAAAGAUGGUUUACAAACUUCACAAAAUAUAUCAAUACGGAACAGCUAAGGAGACACCUGAAGAUCUUAUACCAAACAUAGUCUGCUUAUUGUGUGACAAAGCUGCAUCUAAAAGCAGUGACCUACCACCUGUUGAAAGGACCCUUCUAAAUGAACAAUGUUCCACAUCAAUCAAUGCAACUUGGGACAAACAAGCAAAAUAAAAAACACACACACACACUAAAAAACAAAACCCGCUGCUUGGAUUAAUAUAUCUCCCAAAGCAGCCAAAAUUGAUUUAUUUUCUCAUUUUGUUGAUUAUCAAAAGAAAACCCAGAAGUCACAAUGUUAAAGGGUUUGUUUGUUCAUGCAAAACUAAUUUGCAUUCCUGCAUUUAGUUAAGCAGCAAAAAAAAAAAAAAAGGAAAAAAAAAAGGAAAAAUAAAAACUGACAAAAAAAAGAAACAAA